ACGCCAUAUCUUCCGCGGUGGCCGACAGGACGUGGCAGCACGCAAGCGCAUAUCAAAGAACUCUGGAAGACUACGAGUGUUUAAGUGAAAGAAACUCAGAUUCUGGCUAAACUUUUGACACCAACAAGUCAAAAAAAGUCUUUCUAAAAUGGGGCUUACAAUUUCUUCACUUUUUUCAAGACUCUUCGGCAAGAAACAGAUGAGGAUACUCAUGGUGGGUUUGGACGCCGCCGGUAAAACUACCAUUUUGUAUAAGUUGAAACUCGGGGAGAUUGUCACCACUAUUCCUACAAUUGGCUUUAACGUAGAGACCGUCGAAUACAAAAACAUCUGCUUCACCGUGUGGGACGUCGGCGGCCAGGACAAGAUCAGGCCUCUGUGGAGACACUACUUCCAAAACACACAGGGUCUCAUCUUCGUGGUGGACAGCAACGACCGAGAGAGAGUAGCAGAGUCUGCAGAGGAGCUUGCCAAAAUGCUGCAAGAGGAUGAGUUGAGGGACGCUGUUCUCCUGGUGUUUGCAAAUAAGCAGGACCUUCCCAAUGCCAUGGCCGUCAGCGAACUCACAGACAAGCUGGGACUGCAGAGCCUACGCAGCAGAACGUGGUACGUCCAGGCCACCUGUGCCACCCAGGGCACCGGACUCUACGAGGGCCUCGACUGGCUCUCCAACGAGCUCUCCAAACACUAGAGCCCGCACAGGGACGAGGAGAGGAAGAAUGGAGAAGAAGAAGGAGGGAGAGAGAGAGAGGGGGAGAGAGACUUCCAAUCAAGGGACUUGUUGUGGCCUCUCUCUCCCUGCAUCUGAAGGAGUGUGAUCGGACGAAGGCGUCAUCAUGAACGAAAUCUGCACCUGUUUGUUUCUUUUUUUUUUUAUUCUUUUUUUUUUUUCUACUUCCUUUGUCCCCCUGUUAACUGUCCUCUUUUCUUUUAAAAACACCUCAUUUUCUAUGACUGUAAAAAUAGCGCUUUAAAAAUCAUACGGGGCUUUUAUGUCAUUGCUUUGAGGUUGUCAGAGUGGAGCAUUGUGGGUAAUGAAGUCUUUCCCUGAUGGCCCAGUAUUCUCAUCCAGUGAGUUUGGUCUGUCAUGAAGUCUGUUUAAAAACUUUGGGAUGUUGGCUCUACAUAGCAUGAACC